UAUAUACAAGAAUAUUAUCUCUAUAUGCUAAUAAAGAAUCCAUAGUAAUUUAUAAGAAAGAGAUGGAAAGUAUGAAGUGAUACUUAUCACUAACUUGAAUUCUUUCACGCUUUAGUUCUCUUUCUCCAAACUGGACUCUAUCACAAGUCUCAUGUGCUCAUUCUUUGAGAUACUAGCAUGCUUCCACGCAUCAUAUCCCAACAAGAACAAAGAAUCCUAACAGAUUUCACAUGGAACACCACCUCUCGUGCAACAUGCCAUCAAAGGUUGAAGAAGAAGAAGAAGAAGCAGAAGAAGCAUAUACUCAAAGAGAGAUAGCAUCACCUCCACCACCUUCUUUAUCUUCAUCUUCAUCCUUCUUUCCCAAAUGGCUCAUGGACAUGAAGCACAUCAUCUUCUCAGAGCUCAAAGAGCAGAGAGGGAUUGCAAUUCCUUUGGUCGCAAUGAAUCUCACUUGGUUUCUCAAGACAGCCAUCACCACUGCUUACUUAGGCCGACUUGGAGAGCUUCACAUGGCCGGAGGAACUCUCGGCUUCACCUUCGCCAAUGUCACCGGCUUUUCGGUCUUAGCCGGCCUCUCCUACGCCAUGGAGCCCAUAUGUGGCCAAGCUUAUGGUGCUAGAAACUAUAAGCUUCUUCAUAAGACUCUCCUAAUGACUAUCCUGGUGCUUUUGAUUGUUUGUAUUCCCAUCUCCUUCCUGUGGCUCAGCUUGGACAAGAUACUCAUCCUCUUUGGCCAACAGGAAGACAUCACUAAACUUGCAAAGAAGUAUAUUAUUUACCUUCUUCCUGACUUGGUUGUGACUUCUUUUCUAUAUCCACUGAAAGCCUAUCUCAGCUCACAAGGUAUAACCUUACCAACACUCUUCAGCUCUGCAGUAGGUCUAGCCAUACAUAUUCCACUCAACAUCUUACUUUCAAAGGCCAUGGGGAUGACUGGUGUGGCCAUGGCCGUCUGGCUCACUGAUCUAGUUGUCACCAUUUUGCUAGCAUUAUACUUGUUCAUAAAAGAAGGGAACAAAGGUGGUGGGUGGCUGGAGCAAAGUGUGAGUGAGUGGGUUAGGUUGCUAAAGCUCUCAGCACCAUGUUGCUUGACCACUUGCCUUGAAUGGUGGUGCUAUGAGAUUCUUGUUCUUCUGGCUGGGAGACUACCAAAUGCCCAAAGAGCAGUAGUGGUGCUUGCUGUAAUGCUUAACUUUGACUAUCUGAUCUUCUCUGUAAUGCUAUCAUUAGCCACAUGUGCAUCCACACGUGUGUCUAAUGAGCUUGGUGCUGGCCGGGCCAUGCUUGCUCGGAGCUCAGCCUAUGUUUCUCUAGGUGUUGCAGUGAUUUCUGGGUUCUUUGGAGGAUCAGUGAUGUUUGCUGCGAGAGGAGAGUGGAGUUCGUUGUUCAGCCAUGAUAAGCUGGUUACUAAUUUAGUGAAGAGGAUCAUGAUGCUUAUGGCUAUUGUUGAGCUGGUGAACUUCCCUUUGGCUGUGUGUGGAGGGAUAGCAAGGGGAACAGCAAGGCCAUGGAUGGGAAUGUAUGCUAGUCUUGGAGGGUUUUACCUUGUGGCUUUGCCACUCUCAGUGACCUUCUCUUUUAGGCUUGGAAUGGGGCUUUCAGGUCUUUUAUUUGGGCUUCUUGUUGGUGCUUUCAUUAGCUUCAUUUUGUUGCUUGUUUUUGUGCUUCUUAUUGAUUGGGUUGCUGAAGCUGACAAGGCUCACAAGUUGGCUUCUAUAGUGACUGAAGUUCAACAUGAAGGUACACAGAGAGAAGAUGAAAUUCUCUGUUAAUUUAUAUUUAUAUAAGUAUAUAUAUAUAUAUAUAUAUGUAUGUGUGUAUUUUUUUCCUUUCUUCUUGUAUGGUUGUCAUAAGACUCAUAACAAUGAUUACAUGUUGGUUGUGGGAUGCUAUAACCUACAGAUAAUUUAAAAAAUUAAUCAGUACACUAGCUAGCUACAAUUCCUUAUGAAUGGAAUUUUAUUUUAAUAGUA